UCUCAUUGAGAAAUUCACGCUUCUGUUUUCCAGGAUGCUGGGAUGUGAGAUCUAAGUGAGAAAUCUUCGCCUUUUUUGGUUGGUUUGUUUGGUAGAGCAGUCGUUCUUGGUGCUCCCUGUGGACUGAAGAGAGAGGAGGGUGGGGUGGGCAUUGUCGUGGAAAUUCAAUGGAUAUGAACUUGGGGGCUUUGGAAUCUCUCUGGUUUGGAAUAUCCAUAUGCUGAUUGUCUUUUGGAGUGGCAAACGGAAGCUCGCUCGGGGGAACGAGUUGCAAUACCGAAAGAUGUCUCUGGCCACCUUUUACUUCGUUUUGCCACUAAUGGAAGUGCUCUUGUCCACAGAAGUGAGUGGGCUGCUUGGCGGGGAACGUCUCGACUGUGUGAAAGCCAGCGACCAGUGUCUCAAGGAGCAGAGCUGCAGCACGAAAUACAGGACACUGAGGCAAUGUGUAGCUGGCAAAGAGAGCAACUUCAGUCGGGCAACAGGCCUGGAGGCCAAGGACGAGUGCAAAAGUGCCAUGGAGGCUCUCAAGCAGAAAUCGCUCUACAAUUGCCGCUGCAAGAGGGGCAUGAAGAAGGAGAAAAACUGCCUGCGUAUUUACUGGAGCAUGUACCAAAGCUUACAGGGAAAUGACUUGCUUGAAGAGUCACCUUAUGAACCAGUUAACAGCAGACUAUCGGACAUAAUGAGGCUAGCACCAGUCUUGUCAGUGGAGUUUACGAUUUCAAAGGGGAACAACUGUUUGGAUGCAGCAAAAGCCUGCAACCUAAAUGAUACCUGCAAGAAACUCCGAUCGGCUUACAUAACCCCCUGUACCAGCAGUGUGUCUAAUGAAAUCUGCAAUAAGCGGAAGUGUCAUAAGGCCCUAAGGCAAUUUUUCGACAAAGUUCCCCCGAAGCACAGUUAUGGGAUGCUGUUCUGCUCCUGCCAAAACAUUGCAUGUACAGAAAGGAGACGCCAGACUAUUGUUCCUGUGUGUUCAUAUGAGGACAAGGAGAAACCGAACUGCCUGAAUUUACAAGAUACUUGCAAGACGAAUUACAUCUGCAGAUCUCGCCUUGCUGAUUUUUUCACAAACUGCCAGCCUGAGUCACGGUCUAUUAGUAGCUGUCUGAAGGAAAACUAUGCUGACUGCCUCCUCGCUUAUUCGGGGCUUAUUGGCACAGUGAUGACACCAAAUUAUAUAAACUCCAACAGUCUCAGUGUUGCUCCAUGGUGCAACUGCAACAACAGUGGCAAUGACUUAGAAGAAUGCAUGAAAUUUUUGAAUUUCUUCCAGGACAAUGCAUGCCUUAGAAAUGCAAUCCAGGCCUUUGGUAAUGGUACAGAUGUGAACGUGUGGCAGCCAUUGUUACCUGUCCAAACCACCACAGCUGUAACCACAAUAGCUUACAGAGCUAAGGUGCAGGGACCCGAAAACACCAACAAUGAAAUACCUACAAACGAUUUACCAGGAUGUGCCAAUCUGAAGUUACCAAACCAGAACUUCAGUGAAUCUGUAGCAGCAGAACUCUGCAUGUCUGGGAAUGCAAUGGGGAAAGAGAGCAUGGCAGGAAGCUCCAGCAAUCAUGUCGCUCCGGAGAAUUCAUCUGCUCUUUGUAUCAGCAUCAGGUCAAGCACGCUUCUUGUGCUGAUGGCAACUGCACUCUCCUUCUACUUCUUUCCACGUUCAGCAGGAACCUCGUAGCUGCUUUAACAAAAGGACCUGUACAAAAAAAAAAGUGAUCUGUUCCCUGUCCUCUGUUGUUUCUCUAAAGUUCCCGUUCUAGAAGCUAAAUGGAGGCACUGUGCUAAAAAAAAUAGUUCUGGAUCAUUAUUGUCAUGAUUUUCUUUCUUUUAAAGAAAGCUUCUUAUGAUACUUAGGGGCUUUGUGAAAUACUUGAUGAUGAAGCACUACUUUCCAAACCCAGAUGCUUUUGGACACACAGUGUUUUAUAGAGAUGGAAUUCCAGUUUGCUUGUAGAUCUCAGAAGGCUAUUUUUCUGUUAUUUUAAUUGCACCCCAAAAGAAAGGUCACAUUUGUUAGGAUCUGGUUUCUCUCAUUUGGGGACCAGUCCACCAAGAAAUUCUCCUGUACAGCCCUAUUGAACUGAAAGAAAUUUGUACAAGUUAAAUGGUACUGCUUUUCUAUCCCUUCCCCACCUGCCAAGUCCUUGUAAUAUAGAACUGAGGCAGAUUUCUUCCUGAAGCAGAGCCUGGGCUGGAAUCACAGGUUCCAGCUGGGGUGGAAUUUCCAGAGUAAAUCCACAUCUUGCUGUUUCCUGGUGCAUUUUAGACCUGCUUCAGAAAUGCAUGACUUCUGUGUAUGCCAAAGUCUUGGCUCUCCAUGGACCUCAGUGCAACCACCAAUUGCCUCUGGAGGCCUCCAGCACACUGCAGGAGCAAUGCUCCCUCUUCUCCUGAGGCAUGUUGGAAGGCCCUAGAAAAGAAAAGGGGAGGUUGAGCACAGGUAACUUCUUGGUGGAUGCUUUUUUUGGUUAUUUUUUUUCAAAUUUAACAAAUUUUAAAGGUGCAAAUAAGCAGGCUAUUGUAACUUGGUGAAUGUCUUCCUGGAGAGUGGAUUUUAUGGAACUUCUUCCUGUUUCAUAGAUGGCUAUUAGAGAUGGACAUGGAAUACAAAAAUGGUGGUUCAUUUUGUUUCAUGGUUCACUGGGUUGUUCAAUUCAUUGGUUCAUUUCGGUUCAUGAUUUUUUUUUUUCAAUUUCCCAAAUUGAUUCAUGGUUUGUUGGUUUGGGAAGGGAUAGAAUGGCCCUCAAGUGGGCCAGAGAUGCCAAACUUGUGGAAAACCCUUCCAAGGACUCUCUUCUAUCUGUUCUCCAAGUUUGGUAAGAAUUGGAUUUUUGGGGGCCAAAUUACAGCCCCCAAAGAAGGUGCCCGUAAGUGGUUUGCUAGUCUGGGAGGUAGAACACCCCCCCCCCAAAAAAAAAUGGGUCAGAGAUGCCAAAUUGACAUCAAGCUCUUCAGCAGGCUCUCCUUUACCUGCCAGGCCAUCUGGAAAAAUGAACCAAAAAUGAACCAAACAAACCGCCUAGGAAAACAGCCGAUUCAUUUUCCAGUUCGGGUAUGACACAAUUGAAUGAACUGGUUUGGAAUGAACCACAAAUCAGUGCAUUUUGAGCAAGAAUUGCAAUUUGUGGUUCAUUUCAUGUCCAUGCCUAAUGGCUACCAAUGUUUUAGCAUACUCUUCUAUGUUUAUAUGUGUAAGGGUUUUUACAGCCCUUGCUGAGAAACCAUUAUAAAUCAUAUGCCAAUGUAAUACACAUAUUUUCUUCAGAAUUUCUGCAGACCUAGAGAGUGAUAUUAAACUUUCUAAUGCUGCUUUUAUUUUUCUGAUCACAAUUAUAUAGCCUUAACAAGAGGUUAAAAAACAAUCCUAUAUUAACAGGAAACUAUCAUUAUGACAGUUUCUGUAAGCUAAACUUGUUUUAUCUUUCUGAGGAUAUAUAUUAAAAAAUGCCAGAAAAUUGUUUUUGCUAAAGGAUUCCACCUAUGGUCUUUAUUGUAAUUAUAGAGUUUAGUUAUUUUAUUGUUCAUUUAAUAAAAAUGACCUGAAUCUUAAUUAUUCUAGA